AUGUCUGACUCUGUCAACCACGUUCACUCCUCGUCUGACUUGUCGGUGGAUGAAUCAAACACGUCAGCCUUCAGUCUUAACGUACCGGCUUCUCAUACGUCCAGUUUUCAUGACAACUCUACCAGUAAUAUCUUGCAAACACCUACCCAUGAUAACUAUUUGAUGCCUGUAUCAGCUAAUACCUCCAUGGUUAGCAAUGCAGAGUCGGUUAAUUCCUCUGCGUAUACCCAAGCAGCUCCUGCUUCCAUUGUUAUUCGCGCUCUCAUCAUCACGAGCGAUGCAAGUGUGAUUAUUGGAAAGCAGGGUCGUCACAUCAAUGAAAUUCGCGAACUGAGUAAUGCGCGUCUGAAUAUCAGCGAAAGCAUCCCUUCGAACCCAGAGCGGAUUUUGACCGUUUCUGGUCCUCUUGAUGCUGUUAGUAAGGCAUUUGGCCUGAUUGUACGUCGGAUCAACGAUGAGCCGUUCGGACAGCCAUCACUACCUGGCUCUCGCGCUGCUGCUAUUCGAUUUAUUAUCCCCAACUCCCGUAUGGGCUCAAUUAUUGGUAAACAGGGCAGCAAGAUAAAGGAAAUUCAGGAAGCUAGUGGCGCACGGCUUUAUGCUGGCGAGGCUAUGUUGCCAGGAUCGACCGAGAGGAUCUUGAGCAUCACUGGUGUGGCAGAUGCGCUGCACAUUGCUGUUUACUAUGUUGGUACCAUUUUGCUUGAACACCCAGACCGGAACUCGAACAACAUACCUUAUCGUCCCACGGCUACACCGCGUACAAUGGGAACGCCUACCUUCAGUCCCACUGUUGGAUCUCCAAGUCAAAAUGCUAUGCCGUUUAGCGGUUUUGCAAGUCCAAAAACACCUGUAACCUCUGCUCUAGCUCCUGGCUUGCAAACUCAACAAAUUUUCAUUCCUAAUGAUCUUGUGGGCUGUAUCAUUGGCAAAGGCGGUCAAAAAAUCAACGAGAUCCGGCAGCUUAGUGCAAGUCAUAUCAAGAUUAUGGAGCGGAACGCUGGUAUUGCAGCGGGUGGCACUGGCUCUGAACGUCUAGUCACCAUCACAGGCCCUCCGCCAAAUAUUCAAAUGGCUGUCACAUUGCUAUACCAGCGUCUUGAGCAAGAGAAGCUUCGUCUAGCUCAAAAUGGUGUUGCCAUGUAA